GAAGCAAGCCAGUAAGAAACAUCCCUCCAUGGCCUCUGCAUCAGCUCCUGCUUCCUGACCUGCUUGAGUUCCAGUCCUGACCUCCUUUGAUGAGGACCAGCAAUUUCUUGACGCCUGGCUUUGUGGCCAAAGCUGUGUUAUUCUUCGGAUUCAUAAAAUAAAAAAAGGAAAAUCCAGCAGCAUGGUGUGAGAGGAGGAAGACAAGCAGAGACCUGUGAACUGCCGUGCUACCAUAGAUCUGAUCUUCAGCACAUGGAACAGGUGGACUGUAGACUUGUUGUCACUUAUUGCCACACCACACAGCAAGAAUGGAGGAUGUUCCCCUAUGGCCUGCCAGCCAUAUCAUUACAAUGUUUAUCAGCAGGAUAUGUGCUUGCUGCCCAGAGUUGUACUUUUUUACUCCCAUCUCUUUGCAAAUAUACAAGACUCUAUCCCAGCUCAGCAUCAGGGAGCCACAAUUCCAUAGUUUUCCUUGAUGAACAUUCUGAGAUAUUCAAGAUGGGCAGCAACAGUACCAGCACUGCUGAGAGUAAUUGCAGUGUCACUUUGACAUUUCAGAACUCUCUGUAUGCAACCACCUAUAUCUUCAUAUUCAUCCCGGGUCUCCUGGCUAACAGUGCAGCCCUGUGGGUCCUGUGCCGCUUCAUCAGCAAGAAGAACAAGGCCAUCAUCUUCAUGAUCAACCUCUCAGUGGCGGACCUUGCUCAUGUCCUGUCCUUACCUCUUCGGAUUUACUAUUAUAUCAAUAGUCACUGGCCGUUCCAAAAGGCCCUUUGCCUGCUGUGCUUCUAUCUGAAAUAUCUCAACAUGUAUGCCAGCAUUUUUUUCUUGACGUGCAUUAGCCUUCAAAGGUGCCUCUUUCUCCUCAAGCCAUUCAGAGCCAGAAACUGGAAGCGUAGGUAUGACGUGGCCAUCAGUGCUGCUGUCUGGAUUGUUGUGGGGACUGCCUGUUUGCCAUUUCCCAUCCUGAGAAGUUUUGGCUUAGCUAGUAACAGUGAAUCGUGCUUUGCUGAUCUCGGGUACAAACCAAUGGAUCCAGUGGUUUUGGUCACCAUGGUUACAAUUGCUGAGCUUUCUGGAUUUGUGAUUCCAGUGAUCACCAUCGCAUGCUGUACCUGGAAAACAACUAUAUCCUUGAAACACCCACCGAUGGCUUUUCAAGGGAUUAGCGAAAGGAAAAAAGCAUUGAGGAUGGUUUUCAUGUGCGCUGCAGUCUUUGUUAUCUGCUUCACUCCUUAUCACAUUAACUUCAUUUUUUAUACCAUGGUAAAGGAAAACAUCAUUACCAGUUGUCCCAUUGUGGAAAGUACCCAGUAUUUCCAUCCCUUUUCCCUGUGCCUUGCAAGUCUUUGUUGUCUUUUGGACCCGAUUCUGUAUUAUUUCAUGGCUUCAGAGUUUCGUGACCAACUAUCUCGCCAUGGAAGCUCUGUUACCCGUUCCCGUCUCAUGAGCAGGGAGAGUGGUUCAUCAAUGGUUAGCUAAAAUGAGAUAGUUCUUCAGGUAGGAUUCUCUUUACCUAAAGUUCUGUGGCUUGGUCCAAAGGUAGGAAUUGCCAGGCAAACAAUUUCUUUUAAUUGAACCUUGGAAAUAGCAGAAAUAAGUUUUAUUGUAUGAUAGUUAUUGUCUCCACAGAUGAUGGAGGCAUGAUGUGAAAAAAUGUGGGAGUAGAAAGAAAAAUGGAAUCCAUGUGCUUCCAAUUUAAAAUUUAUGGCCUUCUAUUAGUAACAAGUCCCAGAUCAAGUUCAAGUUUUUAACAGAUGUUUCCAUCCAAAGAUAAAUUGAAUGCAUUUAUUUAAAUUUGUCUUCUGUGAUAGAUUAGUACUGAGAUGCAAGAUAUAUAUUAAUAUUUACAGAAAAGUAAAUGUGUUUCAUGAAGUAAUUUUAUUUCUGAAUGGAGUAAAGAUUUCAAGUCUUUCUAAAACAUAAAAUACAGACAAAAUGCAUCAAAAGUUACAACAACGUGUGAAAGAAUUUUAGCACUGUACUCUUGCUACUGAAUGGAAGCCAUGAAAAUCCACCUCUUGGAUGUUUAUAGAUGUCUAUCAUUUUCUAGACUGGCAGUUUGAUAUGUAUUUUUAACAAGAACAUCUCAUCUUACUUUUCCGAUACAAGCAACAAUAAAUGUGGAAAUUACAAAUACAAAUGAAUGAAUGUUAGAGCUGAGCGGUUAAGCAACAUGCCUCAGGAUUAACAGUUAAGUGUACAUGGUACAUGCUUAUACUAUUCCUUCUGCUUAUAUUUUUAUAUGUAUUAGGUCAAUACUAAGUUUGAGGUGAAUGCUGAAGAUACAAUCUGAAGAUAAGCAUAGGAAAUAUAAAUCAUUUUAACACAAUUUUCUUGUUCUCAUUGAAAAAUUCAUCAGUUGGGGAUUAGCAUGAUUCUGGGUAGAGUCUUCUGUGAUAAAUAUAUUGUCCUAUUAGUGUAAUCACCUGUACAGUCUUGAUGAGAAGCCCAAUAGUUCAUUAUUUCAAAGUCAAUUUUAUGCCUUAAUAUAAGCAAAUCUCAUGAAUAGAAAGCUAUGAAACUGAGCCACAGGUUAGAAAUUCUCCUUUUAAAAAUUUCUUACACAUUUCUAUAUGUCACUAAACAAAAUCUCAAGGGUUUUCAGAUAUCAUAACUCACAGAAGUGCACUAGAAACAGAGAAUUAUUAUCAUGUUGUAAAUAAAUGAGAGAAAUAUGUGAACUUAUUUUUCUGAAAGUUAUGGAUACUCUUAAGUAUUCAUACAGAUGAUACAAAUACAACUCUCAGCUUCUCAGGUUGACAAUUCACUGAUAUUUUAGGUCUGAAAUUAACAGAACAUUGACAUUUGGUGUACAGGCAAGAAAAGGAAGUGGUAGGAAGCCCUUAGAACAUGCAUUUGUGUAGACUAAGGAAGAGGAAGGGACCACCAAAAGGAGGAAUUAAAGAAUAUUUCUUGGUUUUGGGGGCAUGAGAGAAUUCUGUAAUUAUAAAGUAAUAAAGUGUUUUUUAAAAAUUGGAA